AUGGUAAGAAGAUACGAGUUACCAAAGAAAGGGACGGGAAAAAUCUCAGUUUCUCCAUCAGCGAAGGCGAGCGAUCCUGCAAGAAUAAAUGGCCAAACGUUUUUAGAGAUCACAUUUCAUGGAAAGUAUAGAGGUGAUGUCUUAUACAAAUACUUGCCUUAUGUCGAGAGCAAGGCUUAUCAGAUGAGAAGUGAGAAUCGCGUACUGAUGGUAUACACCAACUCAUCUAAUUUCCGUUGGGAAAAGACUACAUUGAUACAUCCUUCUACCUUUGAGACCAUGGCUAUGAGCAUAAACCUAAAACGUUCUGUACUAGACGACAUCAAUCUGUUCAUAAGACGGAAAGAGUUUUAUAAGAAGGUCGGAAAGGCUUGGAAAAGAGGGUAUCUCCUUUAUGGCCCACCGGGAACAGGAAAAUCGAGCCUAGUUGCCGCCAUUGCUAAUUACUUGAGCUUUGAUAUAUACGACCUACAACUAACCGGUGUACAAGACGACUCAUCCCUCAAGAAGCUUCUCCUUGGGACCAAAAAUGCUUCGAUACUACUUUUGGAAGACAUUGAUCGCUCCUUACCGAUACAAACCAAUCCUAAGGGUGGAGAAUUGUCUUUGGCUGGGCUCUUAAACUGCAAUGAUGGGAUUUGGUCAUCCUGCGGCGAGGAACGCAUAAUCAUUUUUACCACAAACCAUAAGGAAACACUUGAUCUAGCUUUGCUUAGGCCUGGCAGAAUGGAUGUUCAUAUUCAUAUGGGAUAUUGCUGUUUUGAAGCUUUUGUAACAUUGGCGUCAAACUACUUGGGCUUGGACGAGGACGCUCUGCAACGUCUCUUCCCAGAAGUCAAGAGACUGAUCAGCAAAGAUGUAAUCACGCCCGCUGAAGUCGCCGAGGAGUUGAUGAAGUCAGAGAUUGUUGAAGUGGCCAUGGGGAAUCUGGUUAAGGUUUUAGAGAGCAGGAGUUCAGUAUCUGAAGAUGAUCGUGGGAGAUAA